AUGUCGACGGCGCGACUUCAGAAAUGGUUCCCCUGGGCCUUGUCGCCCAUCAUCUGCAACGGACCCAUGAUCGGGGCUGCGAGUCCCGCCAUGGCCACCGAGGUGACCAAAGCGGGCGGUAUCGGCUUCCUCUCCUGCGUCUUCGACGUCAACCCGGACUCGGCCCAGCUCACAAAGCUCGAGGCCGAGCUCGUCGAGGCGAAGACUCUCCUCGGGGGGUCCGAUGCCGGUGCCGGUGCCGCUGCUGGCCCUCUCCGCGUCGGCGUCAGCUUCAUCACCGGCCACAGUUCCAUUGGCCAUUUCUCGUCGACGGCGCUGCCCAUCAUCGUGAAGCACCGGCCGGCAGCCGUCUGGCUAUUCGCUCCGGCCGCGUCUCCAGACCAGCGGGGACCGCACGGAGCCGUCAUCUCGGCUCUCCGGAAAAGCCUUCCGGCUGGGGCGGGACCGCGUGUCUUCGUCCAGGUGGGCAACGUUGGCGCCGCGCGCGAGGCUGUCCGUGACGGCGCCGACGUCGUCGUCUGUCAGGGCAUAGACGCCGGCGGCCACCAGUUCCGUCGUGGGGCCGGCGUCGUGAGUCUCGUGCCCGAGGUGCGGCGCAUGCUCGAUGAGGAGGAUGAGUUUUCGUCGUCCGACGUGGGCCUGCUGGCUGCCGGGGGCAUCGUCGACGACAAGGGCGUUGCGGCCGUGACCAUGCUCGAGGCGGAGGGCGUCGUGAUGGGCACCCGCUUCACCGUCGCCGAAGAAUCCGUCUACCCGGAUCAUCGCAAGCAGCUCAUUCUCCACACCGUCGACGGCGGUUCCUCGACCUUGAAGUCGCCGUUUCAUGAUCAGCUCAACAGCAAUGCCCUCUGGGGACCGCUGUACGACGGUCGAGCCAUCGCAGGGCCCAUCCACGAAAAGUUCCUGUCCGGCACCUCGCUCGACGAGUGCCGAAAGAGCCUCAAGGAGGACUAUUCGGCCGAGGAGUCGGUUCGCAUGAUCAACACCUGGGCCGGCACCGGCGUUGGGCUCGUGAGAAAGGCCCAACCGGCGGGCGAGAUUGUCCGGGAGGUGCGCGAAGGAGCCAAGGCGCACAUGCGCAAGAUCGCAGGACAUUUGUAA